CUCCGCAAGCUCAACGACCUUCUGGGCAUUUACGUCGACAACGCCCGUUCCCGGGAAGUGGGGAACGCCGGCUUGCGUUUGCGCAUCACUGAAUCCGAAACAGAGGUGUCCCGGCAGCUGACGGGCCUGAAGGCCGUUUUCGAGACGGAGCUGGCGGAUGCCCGUGCGACUCUGGACUCUGAGGCCAAAGAGCGUGCACGUCUGGAGCUGGAGGUGAGCAAGCUGAGGGAGGAAAUCAAGGAGCUGAAAGCAAGGAACACGAAGAAAGAAUCCGAUCUGGCAGCAGCGCUGCAGAGGCUCAAAGACUUGGAAGCCUUGCUGAACUCCAAGGACGCGUCUUUGACGACAGCGUUAGGAGAAAAGCGAGAAAAGUGUAGCCUUGAGACAGAAAACCGAGAUCUGAAGACACAGGUUGCCAAGCUCGACACCAGCUUGGAGGAUGCCCAAAAUCAGCUGCAGGAUGAGAUGCUCAGGAGCGUGGAUGGAGAGAAUCGCAUUCAAACCCUUAAAAAGGAGCUGGAGUUUCAAAAGAACCUGCAUUCCGAGGAGUUGCGCAAGGUCAAACGCCGGCACGAGUCUCACAUGGUGGAGUUUGAAAACGCCCCCCAGGAAGAUUAUGAAAGCAAACUGCCCGACGCCUUGAUGAAGAUGGGAAGCCGGCAUGAACUUCAAAUUAAACUCUACAUUCAAAAAGAGGUAACCAUUUAUCAU